UGACGAUCAAUGUAUAUAUUUUAUCAUGUUACACAAAGAGUUUGAAUAAAGCGUUCUGGUUGAAAUGCUUGAAAUGGUGGAUUCAUAUUCGAACAAUAUAUCUUUCGCCUAUAAAUUAAGCAAUAUUUCUAGUUUGUUUUGAGCAAUAAUGGCUGCUACCAUCAAUAACAAGAUUUUUUCUUCGGUUCUUGCGCUCGGUGUUCUCUUCCUUUUUGUUCGUCCUGCUUCAUGCUAUGAAUAUCUGCUUGAGAAAUGUGGGAUCAAUACAAUUUACCAACUUGGAGAUUCGAUAUCAGACACAGGCAAUCUCAUUCGCGAGAAACCUCAAAUUGCGUGUUCUCGCCUUCCCUAUGGACAAUACUUCUUCAGGAAUGCAACCGGUAGAUGCUCUGACGGUUUACUCAUAAUCGACUUUUUCACAAUAUCAGCGGCUCUUCCCUUUCUCGAACCCUACUUGAAUCCGAAUCCACACACUCGCGAUAGCGGAUUGAAUUUCGCGGUUGCAGGCGCUACUGCUUUACCCGCACACAUUUUAGCAGAAAAAAGUGUUUCAUCCCCAGUAACCAACAGUUCUCUUGAUAAACAACUUGACUGGAUGUUCACUUAUUUCAAUGGAUCAGUAUGCAACACUGCAGACUGUUCGAAGAAACUUAACAAGACUCUCUUCAUGGUUGGGGAGAUUGGAGGAAAUGACUAUAACUAUGCACUGUUUAGAGGCAGAUCUCCCGAGGAGGUAACGCUUUUGGUGCCCGAUGUUGUCCAAGCCAUCAAGGAAGCUGUAACAAGAGUUAUUGGGUACGGUGCUAGAAGAAUUGUUGUUCCUGGAAACUUUCCAAUAGGAUGUUUACCGAGCUAUUUGACACUAUUUCAGACCACUGAUACUGCAGCUUAUGAUGAGUUUCACUGCGUGAAGGAGUUGAAUAACUUGGCAAUUUAUCACAAUCAGCAUCUUCAACAGGCCCUUGAAGAAUUAACAAAAGAACACCCUAAUGUGGCCAUAGUAUAUGGUGAUUAUUACAAUGCAUACAUGUGGAUUCUGCAAAAUGUUCAUUCGCUUGGUUUUGAUGCCACAUCGGUGCAAAAAGCUUGUUGCGGCGUUGGUGGAGAGUAUGAUUUUACUGUUUCAAAGAUGUGUGGAACUCCAGGCGUACCAGUUUGUGCAAAUCCUCUUGAACGCAUCAGCUGGGAUGGAAUUCAUUCGACCCACAAGGCCAAUUACCUCAUGGCAUCUUGGAUCAUCCAAGACAUCCUCCCAAAGUUUCAGUGUUGUUCUUCUUGAACAUUUGCAUCCAAACAAAGUGAUUCAA